AUGACAACAUCAAAAGGGUCGACAGCAUUGAAGUUAACAACAGCAAAAUCAUCGACAACAACAACAACAACAACAACAAAAGAAUCAGGUCUUAUUUCACUUGACUAUAUUUAUGGAUUCGUCUAUGGAGUAUAUAAUGCUAGUAUAAGCCAGAAUAGUCAAGAAUUACGAUACGGUGACGGUUUUGGUGGUAGUCCCAUAGACCAAACAGCAGUCAGAGCAUGCGACGGUGAUAUUUCCACAAAGUACUUAACCUUCGGAGAGUGUAAUCGGGGUGAAAUUAGACUUGAUUGUGGUUUGAAUACUGGCUUUUAUAUGAUUUUGAAACGAGGUGCCUCAUUAGUUACAGGAUUACAAAUCUGUACAGCUGAUGAUUAUCCACAACGCGAUCCCCUUAAAGUGUCAUUGGAAGGAAGUAAUCAGUCUGUAUUGAAUCUCACUCUCGGUUCGAGCUGGACUCUCAUCUACAAUGGGGAUAGUGGUCUUAACACAGAUCCUGGCAGGCAAACCUGUGGAAUGAUACAACGGUUCAACAAUAUAAUUCCGUAUAAAAGUUAUCGGUUUCUUGUUUCGAGCAAGCGAGGCCUCGAGAACAGUGUUCAGUAUUCUGAAUUAAAACUAUUUGAAUACUGA